AUGGGAAUCAGUGGUGACCAUAGUGCUCCUUCAAUGCCAGAGUUCACAAAUACAUGUUCCGCAAAUGUGUGCAGCAACAAUGAAGUCAAUUGGCACUAUCAAACUUCAACUUAUUCCUUCUAUCACAAUCCCACCCCACAUGGGCCUCUACCUCAACAACCCUUAGGAUUGGAUCACAUGGCAAAUGAGAAUGGCAUUCCCGAUACGACGUUCACUUGCUAA